CAACGUCAAAAGUUGAUCAGCUAGCUAAUACUAAUGCUAUUAGUGGAAGCUUUGGCUAUCGAGGAGAAGCAUUGAGCUCCAUUUCUGAUGUUUCAUUGUUAGAAGUCAUUACAAAAGCUCAUGGGAGGCCAAAUGGAUAUCGUAAAGUCAUGAAGGGAUGCAAAUGUUUGUAUCUUGGAAUUGAUGAUGGUAGGCAAGAUGUAGGCACAACAGUCAUUGUUCGGGAUUUAUUUUACAACCAGCCAGUUCGGAGGAAGCAUAUCCAAUCUAGCCCGAAGAAGGUCUUGCACUCAGUCAAAAAAUGUGUUCUUAGAAUUGCCAUUGUUCAUCCAAAAGUAUUCUUCGAAGUUGUUGAUAUUGAGAGUGAGGAUGAGUUGUUCUGCACGACUCCUUCCUCAUCUCCUUUGUCACUGUUGACGAGUGGUUUUGGAAUUGAGAUUUUCAGCUCUCUACAUGAAUUAAAUGUCUCUGAUGGUGUAUUAAAGCUUUCUGGAUAUAUGUCUAGUCCUCGUGAUACUUCAUUUGUGAAGGCCUGUCAAUUUGUCUACAUCAACUCUCUUUAUAUCUGCAAGGGCCCAAUUCAUAAACUGCUGAAUGAGUUGGUCACUAGGUUCAACUCUUCGGAUCUGCAGGAGGCUAACAUGAAGUUGCAAAAUGGGAAGCGAAGUAGGUCUCAAACAUAUGAAACAUAUAUUUUGAAUUUAAGUUGCCCAAGAUCUUGGUAUGAUAUAACUUUUGAACCAUCAAAGACUUCUGUUGAAUUCAAGAUUGUUUUGAGUGGAAAAGUGAUUUUUGUCAUUUCUCAAAAUGUUGAAAUAUUGGAGACUUCAGUAAAAUGUGAUGAUGUGGACAAGAUCAGCAAGGAUCUAAAGCCCUUUCUGCAUAAUUGCUCCUGUAGGAGAAGCCUUCCAGUUGAUGGCGCAUCACCUGCAAGCUCUGAAGGAUUUGACUUUCGGAUUAAUGGUUUUGGAGCCAAAAGAAAGAGUCUUGAACCUAAUGAUUGGGUUUGUGUUGGAGAAAUUGAUGACAAUAACCAGAGGUUUGAUUUCCUUCCAGGGACUCUAUGGGAUUCAAUAGAGUCUUCUGCAAUAGGUGGAGAGUGUUUAGCUGGAGAGAAUGACCUUCCACCAGACUCAAUUGCACGUGUUGGAGAAUUUUUCUCAAGUCGUCAGUCUCUUAAAUCUGAAUGGUCUUCUGUAAUGUCAGAUCCAUUAGUUAGGACCAAAUCUCAGAAUGUGGAUAAUUUCUUUGAUGAGAAUGCACUUGAGAGGCGUAUCAAAUAUGACAAUAGUUCUAGAUAUGACUAUUUAGCAGAAAGGGUUGUUAAGGACCGUGGCUUUUAUUUUGAUGAUUCUUUGCGAAAAAGCUCAAGUCAAGAAGACUUCUCAACAAGUUUUGCAAACAUGUGCUCAGAGAAGGCCAAAAGAAGCCAUUCAACUCCACCUUUUUACAGAGUCAAGAAAAAAUUCUUCACCUUAAAUACCCAUUUGGCCAUGGAAGCAAAAAAACUCAAAGCGCAGGCCAUCAAUAAUGCCCCUACUUCACAAGAAACGAGUGGGUUGAAGCAUCCUCAACAAUCAUCUGGUGAAUGUCAACUAUAUUCUGAGCCAAAUUCUGUGGAAGAUCCAUUGAUCUACACCAGACCAGAUAAGAAGAAAGCACAUGACAUGAAGGACAUUAAAAAAUGUGAUACGCAAAAAUCAGAGGAUCUUAACAUUUACAGUAAGGAUUUGGUUGAAGACUGCACAUUGAAGGAAUCUUAUGAUCCAUUAGAUUCUGGGCUAAAAUGGCAGAAGAGCUGUCUAUGGACUGCAGUUGAGUACCUUAGCGUUUUUUCUUUUCUUUUUGAAAUCACAUUCUAUCAUGAUUACCAGUUUGUUAAGAACUUGGGGUUGUCAAGUUAUGAAAUUAGUGGUUACAAAGUGAUUUUGUUUUCUAUACCGAGGGGAGACAAAUUACAUAAUCUUCACAAUGAGAGUAAUAUACUUGAUGUCUCUUCUGGGAUCUUGCAUCUGGCUGGUGAUUCAUUAGUUCCUGAAUCUAUCAAUAAGAAUUGUCUGGAGGAUGCCAAAGUUCUCCAACAGGUGGAUGAGAAGUUCAUUCCAAUUGUGGGUGGUGGAGUGCUUGCUAUUAUUGACCAGCACGCUGCAGAUGAAAGGAUCCACUUGGAAGAACUACGUGAGAAGGUGCUAUCUGGAGAAAUGAAGACAGUCACUUACCUAGAUACUGAGCAAAAAUUGGUCCUGCCUGAAAUAGGGUAUCAGUUGUUGCACAACUAUGCUGAUCAGAUUCAAAAUUGGGGUUGGCUCUGCAACAUUCGUUCUCUGGGUUCAAGGUCUUUUAAAAAGAAUCUGAAUCUUCUACACAGGCAGCCAACUGUUGUCACACUUAAUGCGGUGCCGUGUAUUGUAGGAGUCAAUUUGACUGAUGUAGAUCUCUUGGAAUUUCUUCAACAGCUUGCUGAUACAGAUGGAUCAUCAACUAUACCGCCAUCCGUUCAUCGGGUCCUUAACUCCAAAGCAUGUAGAGGUGCAAUAAUGUUUGGGGACACAUUGCUACCUUCAGAGUGUUCCCUAAUUGUUGAAGAGCUGAAGCAAACAUCAUUGUGUUUCCAAUGUGCUCACGGGCGACCAACAACUGUCCCUCUUGUCAACUUGGAGGCAUUGCAUAAGCAGAUAGCUAAGCUUGGAUUGUGGAAUGGUGGUUCUAAUGAAUUGUGGCAUGGGUUACAUCAGCAUGUACCCAGUUUAGAACGUACAGCACAGCGUUUGAGCUCUGCCAGAGGUCUGUCUUGAUGAGUAACCAGUUGGUUUUCCAGAUUCAGUGGUGGCUGUGGUUCUCCACCAACGCGCCUUUUUUCCUUGCCACUGUGAACCCAUUCUUUCAAUUUGUUAUGUAUAGUUCUCAUUUUGACCGCUGAAGUACCAAUAAUAUGUUGUACCAGUGUAACAGAGUCGCUUGUAGUUUGUAACGACAGUUAUUUGCACACAAUAAAAUCACACCUUAUUUUUUCA